CUCGAUAUAAAAAUCAAACAAAUUUUAAUUUGCAGUCACUAGGUUCAAAAUGAAUGGCUACUAUUGAAAUUUAUAAUUUUUUAGCAUUUUUUCCGAAUGAUUUCAAAGAAGAAAAGUACCAUGAGUGAAUUUUCUCAACAUCAAACCAUAUUUGUCUUGUUUUCGUUCGUUAUUUCAUUCACAAUCAUCGAUAAAGUGGCUGGCUCAUCAUUCGACUUAAACGCUGAUGUGAAAUUUCUCACCGAUGCAAAUUUCGAUGACUAUGCAGUGGCAAGCAUCUUACUCUAUCGAACUCCAGACCAACGUAAGCAAAUCAACGAUGCAGUAGGAAAAGCGAGAAAUGAUGACAAAUUGAUAGAUGAGCAAACACUCGAAGAAGUUCUGAACAGCGAACCAUUGACCAAUCUUUGGUGUACCAUGUUUUUCGACGAAACAGCUCUACUGGCUUCAUUUUUUGGAGAAUAUUUCUGCAGGAAAGAUGAAAUAUCCAUGGCAGUGGUUCUGAUACAGGUUAAGGAUAUGGACAAUUUCAUGAAAGUUUACAAAGAACAAUAUGAAGCUGGUAAUUUUGAAGCAAGAUGCCAAGAUCAGAGCGAACUAUUCAAAAAGCUGUUGAAAGUUUGGACUGAGAAAUCUCGAGAACCGGAUCCAUCCGGUGAUGUAAACCAUGAUGAUGUGAUGAAAGAUGUAGAAGCUUUAAAAGCAGAACAGCCGAACUGGAACACGAAAACCACCCAGCUGGAAGUGAUCCUGAUAAAAAAAACCUUUCAAAUAUGGCUCAGCUGUCAUCGCAGAAUAUGAAAAAUCACUCCAAAACACCCCCAUUGAAAAAACCAUCCAGCAGAACAUCAAGGAUAAAAAUCUAUCCGCAGUUUUCAGCUCUUUGGCCAUCUUUGUCAAGGAUAAAUAUAAAUACAUGGCUAAUCUCAUACAUGAUCAAGAUUACAAUACGAGAACAUGGUGGAAUAGCUGGGUUAUACUUUUGGCCACAAAUAAACCGGAGGAUUGGAAGCAAAUUGACGCAGCUUUUCGAAAAGAAUAUAAAAACAAGGCUUUAAGAAAAUACGUUUUGCAAACCAACACAGAUCAUAUAUUCGUAGAAUCCGUGGCUAUGCUGAUGGAUCCAUCGUACAAGCCAUCGUUCUUGGAUGACUCUUAAACACGAGAUAGUUCAAUGUACUCCAAAUAAACAAAACCGCAAUAGUUUUAUUCUACAAUUUUUUUUUUUUUUUUUGAAAAUGUUAAUUGAUUAUUGUUGAAGAAUUCUCAAGAUGAAAAAUGAUUGUAGACAAAAUAUAGUUACCUACUCAAUUUACUGGCAUCUGUGAAACUAAAUUUGAAAAACUGAUAGGUAAGUAUAUUU